GUCUAAUGUCUUCACAUUGUCAAACGCAAUCAUACUAUCAACAAAUUCUAAUAAAAACAAACAUGAUCAAAACGUUACUAGUGUUACUUGUAUCCAUAAGUUCUGCGUAUUCGCAAAGUAAUAGUGAUUAUACAUUCAAUAGAGUUAAAAGGACUGACAUCGAUCUCUCAACAUGUAUAGACAAUUUUGAUAUUCAUAAAGAUAAGAUCAUUAGGACCCAAGAUUCUCAAAAAAUGGGUGCUAAAUAUCUCAACGCUAUUGAUCUGGGCUCUAGACAGGAAUGUUUGAGGCUUUGUUGUGAAACGGAAAACUGUGAUGUAUUUGUUUACGAAGACAAGAAUGCUGGUAGUUGUUACCUGUUUCAUUGUGGACCACCCGAGGAUUUCAAAUGCAAAUUUACUCAUCAUGUUAAUUACUCUAGCGCAGUUCUAGCCAUAAACAGACAUAUACCGGAUCUGGAGAGUCAGAUCAAGCUCACAAAGCAUGAACAAGAUUUAACUAAAUUAAGGAAAACAGAAAAUGACCCAGAACCAGCCCCACACAUACUUGAAGAAAAACCUCCAACGUCUGUUACAACCAGUACAACAGUGAAGACUAUAGAAAUUCUUCCUGAUCAGAAGGAAACACCUAAUGACAAGAAAUGCAGCAGAUAUCAAUUCGAAUGUCGUUCAACCCGAGAGUGUAUAGCGAUUUACAAUGCCUGUGACGGCAUCCCCCAGUGUGCAGACGGAAGCGAUGAGGCCCCGGAGCUGAGUUGUCCCGAGCUCUCAACUCCAGCACCCCCACCGCCCCAGAGAACGGUCGUCAAUAAUCCUCCACCAGUUGCGACUUAUGAUAAAAACGUUGUCUCAACAAAAAAUCAAGAAGCGCCACCUCCUGUAGACAUAUAUCAUGUCGCACCUCCCCGAGCGGAAAUAAUCCCAGAUGAACAACUUGCUCCUGCAAACAACCCCGACUUUUUAAGGACACUUCCUCAAGAUCAACGGCCUCCUCAGAGAUUACCUCCAUAUCCAGAACUACCAGAGUACAGUCCACAAGCCCCACAGCUAGGAUGGAACUCCCAUCAGUCAAAUCAGUUAUAUCCAAUGCCUCCUGUUUAUUCUGGUAAAACCAGCCAUAUAUUCAAUCACAAGGAGAACGGCCUACAAGUCCCAGAAUCGGAAAUCAGGUAUAAUAGAUACAAGGGUGCGAUGCACUACUUACAUCGCACUUUGGGAACUCAGAAUCAGAUAGAAACUAAAGGUUCAUAUUCAGAUAAUUUGAACUACCCUAAGGUACCGAAUUAUUUCGGUGAAACCUAUAGGCAACCCAUAGAUGCACCUAAUUGGGUAAAUGCUCAUCAAGAUGAUUUGAGAUAUCCAACUAGAUAUAAUCCAGAUCCUGCUUAUGGUAGUAGGCCAGUUUCAAAUCCACAAGAAAAAUAUACUCCUCAAGAGAAGAUACCCAACUGGCCAGCUGAGAAGGAAAAUCCGGAGCAUAUACAAAUAAAAAUGGCUCAUGAACUCAAACAUUCCAAAGAAGCCCACACAGAGGAACAUAAGGAUAUAAAGAUAAAAAUUGUGGAAACGCCUGCAGAAAAUAAAAAGGAUGUGUAUCCUGAUGUGGUAGCUUAUAAAAUGGACGGGAAUGACGGAGUUGCUCAGACUCCUGGAGGUGCUGUUCUUUCUCUCACAUUUGGCCUAAUGAUAACUUGCAUAAUGGCUGUGAUGAUUGCUUGCCGACUGAGGAUAGUGAAAAGGCGAACGAGAAAAAGUGGAAAAAGUUAUGCUCAUGACGCUGACUACUUGGUCAAUGGGAUGUAUUUGUGAAUCAUACGCAGAGCUCUUUUAAAAAAAUGUUAAGUUUUCAUCAUUGGCUUUACUUUUUGAUACUGAGCCUUGAAACUUUGAUAGAUAAGAAAGAUGAAACAUAAUAAAGUUUAAAAAACAAUG